AAAAAUCUCUUCUCGUCGUCCUCUUCUCCAACCACGCGCUCACGCCGCCAGCCGGCCACCGCUUAUCCCCUUCUCCAGCCGAGCGCGCCGUCUCUCUCCUCGCCGCGCCGCCGCGCUCUCGUCGUCGCCGCCGGUGGCUUCCGGACCUUCCUGGGUGGGUGAGGAGAUCCCCCACCUCCUCCGCCGCCGCUCAUCCUGCUGCUUCCGCCGCAUCCAUAGCUAAAACUGUCCGUACGCAUUGUCCGUGAGGGUAAUAGAUGAUUUGCUAGUUUGGUGAACAGGAAUUUGCAGUGAUUUUUUUCAUGGAGAUACUUCACAAUAACGGUUUUUGCGUUAGCUUGAUAGACAUCAACAGAAUCAGAAUGAACAAGUUAGUGAAGGUAGGAUCCCGUCCUCGUCAAAUUGCUUGGGGAAUGUCAAGAAUAUGCUGUGAGCAGUCUCCUGGUACUUCCAGCAAGAGAUAUGAGAGGUAUCAAAGACAACCACAGAAUGUUGAUCUCCCAGAAUUGCUCCCAAAGAAGAAAAAGAAGCCAUUUCCUGUUCCAAUUAAGAAGAUGUUGCAAGCUUCUCGACAAGAUAAAAGGCUUGCGCGAAUGCGAAUAGAGAAGCCUCUUGAGCCCCCAAAGAAUGGUUUGCUUGUUCCAGAGCUUAUUCCUGUAGCUUAUGAGGUCCUUGAUAACUGGAAGGUGCUCAUCAGAGGUCUCUCUCAACUGUUGAAUGUUGGUACAGUUUAUGGUUGCAGAAAAUGCCCCCAAGUCCAUGUUGGUCCAGUUGGCCACCAGAUCCAAGAUUGCUAUGGAACAGGAAGCCAACGUCGGAAUAGCCAUCACUCUUGGGUCAGAGGAUCCGUCAACGAUGUUCUCAUCCCGAUUGAAUCUUAUCAUCAAUUUGACCCAUUUGGGUGGAGAGUCAAGCAUGAAACCAGGUUUGACUAUGACAGGAUUCCAGCCAUCGUUGAGCUAUGCAUUCAAGCUGGUGUUGAGUUGCCACAAUACCCCUCAAGGCGACGAACUGCUCCUGUCCGGAUGAUAGGCAAGAAAGUGAUCGACCGUGGUGGGUUUGUUGACGGGCCUAAGCCACACCGUUCAGAAGACUGCAUAUCUCUGCUUGCUGAACUUGACACAUUCAGCAACCAGCAAGGCCAGUCAUCGACGCCAUCAAAUGUGGAAGAGCUCGCGGAGAAAACACUGAAAGCAUACUUAAAUGUCCAGCGAGGUGUUGCACGGUUGAUGAGGAAAUACACAGUAAAAACAUGCGGGUAUUGCUCUGAGGUUCACGUUGGUCCAUGGGGCCACAAUGUGAAGCUCUGUGGGGCUUUCAAGCACCAGUGGAGGGACGGCAAGCAUGGAUGGCAGGAUGCAGUGGUGGACGAUGUCAUCCCGCCAAAUUAUGUGUGGCAUGUCCGUGACCCCACUGGCCCUCCUCUCAGAUCCUCUCUAAGGAGUUUCUACGGCAAAGCUCCAGCCGUGGUUGAGUUGUGCGUGCAGGCAGGAGCUGAAAUACCUGAAGAGUACCGGCCGAUGAUGAGAGCUGAUGUCGUCAUCCCAGACUCAGAAGAAGCUAGGUUGGCUGCAUGACUACAUUUUUCUACCCUCUGCACCUCUUCAGCUGUCCAGAGUCCACAUAGAACCAAAGGGCUGUAUAAUAUAAUGGUAUGACUGAACCAUUAUCAAUCAGAGUUGCAAUAGAUCCAUAUAUGUGGUAAAAUAAUCACACCAAAAGGUUAAACGCAUGAACCGAGGAUGCGCGGCGACAAUGCUGAAAGUGAGAAAGGAUGGCCAAUGGAACAUGUAUGAUGUACAUACCCAUUUUGUUUAAUGGUUGAAGCUGCUUUAUUCUUUGCCUAUGCUAGACUGUGAGGCACUUCCGAUGGCUCCAUACUUGGCCAUACAGAUGGCCUCCCCUUUGUCUGCUGGUACUAUGCUUAAUUGUCAGCUGAUUCCUUGGAUUAAACUAAUCACGGCGAUUUGUUCGGGUAUUUGUGCGCUUGGCUGUAAUUAAUCAUGGACUGAAAAAAGCAAUGCACUUGUGCCCGUCCCCAGAUCAAUCCGGAGUAUGGCUACAGCCUGCAUGUAGGAGUACAUCAGGUUAUCAGUUUAGUGUGCUGCUACUUGCUAUGUGUACUACUAUGUAUAAAAACAAGUCAGGAGCUACUUGUACUGUUGUACUGUUGCUACUCAGUUUGAAACAGAUCAUUUACCAGAGAGUAAAUUUCACUUUGGACCA